GUUUCUCGUGCGUAUCCAAAAUGUUUUGUUUAGAUUUCAGUUUUUAAAAGUUUUUUAUGGAAAAUAUGGGAAAACAGACUUCUUCUAUACGUUUAUUAUUUUAUUUUUAAUGAUAAAUUUCGAUGGUAAAAUCACAAAAAAUUAUAUUUGUAUUUAAAUGAACUGUUACGUUGAUCUAGAUUUAUUAAUUUUUUUAUUAAUAGGAACGUUAACAAAACAAUACUAGAAAAAAGGAAACGAGUGAAAAAAUUAGGAAAGUUUAUAUUUCAAAUAUUUUGUUUAAACUCAGGCUAUUUAAAAUUGUCGAUUUCCUUUUAGAAUUGAUUGAUUGGAACUUUGGACAUGGUACACAUGUAACAUCAGCACACAUUCAUCAAUAGACAAAACGAUUAAGAAAACACACAAUAUAUUCAAUUAUUCACAAAAACCGAUUUUUUAACCACUAUGUAUUAAGCACUUUUGAGUUAAUUGAAUCUCACUUUUUCUUUAACUUCUUCCCAACAAGUAGAAAGUUUUCAUAAACAAACAUGUAAAUAGUGAUGUAUAUAAUAGUUACUUCAAUAUUCUGUAAUAAAAUACGAUAUAGCUUCGAUUUUUCACUUAUCAACUAACCAAUUUUUUUUAUCAACAAGUUAAAAAAAUAUCCCUUUCAUUAAAUAUGAAUGUGUUUACACGACAAUGGAAUCUUUUGACAUUGUGAGGUUAUCUCUUCAUCUAAAAAUCAAUUUAAUAUCCUGUUAACCAACAUAACCUACAAAACAUCAAAACCGAAAACAACACGUGUAAAGUAUUUUAAAAAGUUUUCUCCUUAAAUAAAAAAAUUAUAACAUAAUGGAAGGCGACAGUAUUAGGGAAAAUCUUUUAUUGGGAAUGGGAAAUCCGUUAUUGGAUAUUUCUGCCGUCGUAGAUAAAAAUUUCUUAGAAAAAUAUGAAAUGAAAGAAAACAACGCAAUUUUAGCCGAUGAAAAACAUAAAACUUUGUAUGACGAAAUAACCGAGAAAUAUGAAGCAAGUUAUAUUGCCGGAGGAAGUGUACAGAACACGUUACGAGUCGCUCAAUGGUUAUUGGGGAAAUCUAAAGUAUGUACAUUUUUUGGAUGUGUAGGAAAGGAUAAGUACUCAAAAAUAUUGUACGAUGAAGCAACGUCUAGUGGGGUAAAUGUUCGAUAUCAGUAUAAUGAAAAAGAACCCACAGGUACAUGUGGAGUUCUUUUAACUGGUCACAACCGUUCUCUUUGUGCUAACCUUGGUAGUGCCAAUCAUUUUACAAUUGACCACUUAAAAAAUGAAGAAAAUGAAAAACUAAUAGAUACUGCACAGUUUUAUUACGUUUCUGGAUUUUUCUUAACAGUAAAUCCAGAAGCUCAAAUGGAAUUGGCUAAAGUGGCUUUAGCAAACAACCGCCCAUUCAUAAUGAACUUAAGUGCACCUUUUAUAUGCCAGUUCCAUAUUAAAGCCCUAUCAAAUGCACUGCCUUAUGUAGAUUUAUUAUUCGGAAAUGAGUCAGAGGCUGAAACAUUAUCAGAAAGUUUGAAGUUAGGUACCAAGAAUAUUGAAGAAAUAGCUUUGAAAUUGUCGAAUCUACCUAAAGAAAAUAACAAUAGAAAAAGAAUAGUAAUAAUUACACAAGGUGUUAAUCCAACAAUUGUUGCUUUCAAUGGAACAAUUCGAAAAUUCCCAGUAAAAGAAUUAUCUGAGGAAAAGAUUGUAGAUACCAAUGGUGCAGGGGAUGCCUUUGCAGGUGGUUUUCUAUCUCAGUAUAUUUUAGGUAAAAGUCUCGAGGUAUGUAUUAAGUGUGGAUCUUGGGCUGCAGCAGAAAUAAUCCAGAGGAAUGGAUGUAGUUUUGAAGGAAAACCAUGUUUUGAUCCAGAACAAUAAAAACUAAUUUUUAUACAAUGAUCUAUUAUAUAAAAGAAUAAUUGUUAUAUAUUUUUACUUUGUUAUACAUUUCCAUAAAAAAACCUUCGAAAUAAUAAGAUAUAAUUUUAAAUUCUAAUAAUAGAAUCUCUUUAAAUUGUUGAAGGUAAUUUGUUUAAUGAAAUAUAUUCAUUAAAAGUA